CAACCAUUCAUCGGCUUAGUAUCGUGCAGCUUUCGUUUGUCUUCGGAAGGGUGUUCGGUGUAAAGCUAGACGUGGCAAAUGCAAAGACAAAAUGUCGUUUUUUGCGGAUUGUUCCGUUGUUUUCUGCUCACAGUUCUUCUUCUUCGGUAUGGGUUGGAUGUUUUUCAUGAGAAGGCUAUUUAGAAACUAUGAAGUUCACCACAUGGCUGUUCAGUUGGUCUUUUCAUUAACUUUCGCUCUUUCAUGCACCAUGUUUGAACUAGUCAUAUUCGAGAUUCUAGGGAUUCUGGACAAGAGCUCAAGAUUCUUUCACUGGAAACUCGGGCUUUACUCCAUGUUAUUUACCUUGAUUUUUCUUCUGCCCUUCUACAUAUCUUAUUUCCUGGUAAGGACAAUUCGAUUUGUUCACAGGAGGAGAAUUGUAGUUCUACUGGCGGGUACGUUUUGGCUUGCCUUUUUGUACAUGUUUUGGAAAAUUGGAAAUCCGUUCCCAAUUUUGAGUUCUAAGCAUGGAAUAUUCUCGAUCGAGCAGGGAAUCAGCCGAGUGGGGGUGAUUGGGGUCACGAUGAUGGCCAUACUGUCUGGAUUUGGUGCAGUUAAUUGCCCCUACACUUACAUGACAUACUUCAUGAGACACGUGACCGAUGCGGAUAUUCAAAAUCUGGAAAAAAGGCAAUUCCAAACAAUCGAUAUAAUUCUCAGUAAGAAAAAAAGAAUUGCUCUGGCAAAAAGGGAGAGUCAGCGCUUUGCUGCAUCUACUCAACAAAAGACAGGAAUUUGGAGCAUGCUCAGUAGUAUGACAGGGAGUGGUGGCCCUGACACCAGUUAUCUCCAGAAAGAGGUAGAUGCUCUAGAAGAACUCAGUCGACAAUUGUUCCUGGAAAUUGUGGAUCUGCACAAUACCAAAGAGAGAAUGGAAUUAUCAAAGACAUUGCAAGGAAAAUACUUUGACUUAGUUGGGCAUAUAUUCUCUGGCUACUGUAUUUGGAAGAUUUUUAUCUCAACAGUAAACAUUGUGUUUGAUCGUGUCGGCAAGACUGAUCCUGUCACACGCGGUAUUGAAAUAACUGUCAAUUAUCUUGGUUGGAAGUUUGAUGUUUUAUUCUGGUCACAGCAUAUCUCAUUCUUCUUGAUUGGAAUCUUAAUUGUGACAUCGAUAAGAGGUCUCCUUAUAACACUGACAAAGUUUUUCAAUGCGAUGGCAAGCAGUAAAUCGUCCAAUAUUAUUGUUCUCUUUUUGGCUGAAAUCAUGGGGAUGUACUUUGUUUCGUCUGUCUUGUUAAUGAGCAUGAACAUGCCUGGUAAAUACAGGGAGAUAAUCACAGAAGUACUUGGUGAACUUCAAUUCAAUUUCUAUCAUCGUUGGUUUGAUGUGAUUUUCCUCAUAAGUGCUCUUUCAAGUAUUGGAUUUCUAUACCUUGCCCAUAAACAAGCCCCUGAAAAACACAUGUAUGAUAAUUCCUUUUAAGGUUAUGACUAUGCAGGGUUUGAUAAUACAGGUAGUUUAUUAGUAACAAUUUAAUGUGGCAAUCAAAAUAUAAACAGUCCUGAAAUUAAGCAACUUUUCAUAGCUAGAAAAUUACAAAACAUCAUGACUGUAGUUAAAAUUUGUUCAGGAUUUAUCUUGGACAAUGUAAGUCAAAUUUGUAUUAAUCCAAGCAACCAAUCAAGUUGAAAAUUCUACAAACUACAGAAACAACAAGAAUAAAUCAGUUCAUCAUGA